AUGGCGAAAAGUAUUCGGUCGAAAAGAAAACGCAAACUACGAGCUGAAAGACGACAGAAACUGAAGCCGAAGGUGAAAGCAAAGCUAGAAGAAGUACUUGGAAUAAAUGAUAAGAAAAUGAUUGUGGAAACGGAGGAAUCUGGAGGGGGUACGGUGGAAGAAACUCAAGAAGAAAUACCACAAGCCAGUCAGGAAACCUCAAACAACGAAGAAGGCACAGGUAAAGAUAGCAUUUUCUACCAUGAAAACAGCUGUUCCCAAAAAGGAGUCUUUGUACUAAUACCGGCAAAUUAAUAUUUCACCUUAAAUUAAAGUUGUUGUACUUAGAUGAGCUACUGUCAUGCACUCGUCAGUAAAUAAGUGCUCAGCACCAAAAAAAGUAAUUUAAGUUAAAGUAGCUCCCAACCCCUUAUUCAGACUGUUUUUUGUGUUGUAGUCAGGUGGCUCGAAAAUCUGCAGUCAAUUGUUGGUUUCAGGUGAAUGUCUAACAAAGUUAUGAUACCAUUCUACCUGCGAGGAUCCAACCUUUGUUUAAAAAGUUGAUAGAGUGGCAGAAUGGGGCUCAAUCAUAUUCGAAUAAAUAAGAAUUAAAUCCUGCCACUUCACCACCAAUAAAAUCGCCAUCAAGAAGUCGACUCACCAAUUAAGAACUCUUAAAUAACUGACACACCAAGGAUUAUAGUUGGUGUCAAACAAAAGCCAUAUAACAAUGCAUCAGUCAAUUCCACCUGUGCCCAGACCCCCCCCCAGGCUGACCCCCAGGCAUUAACAUUUUUUUUGCCUUAGACGGCAAAUUCCCGGGGGUAGGGGCUCUUGAGCUGUCAAAUACCCCGGGGUGGGGACGAAAAAAGAAGGCAAAUGCCCCGUCCUCCGUUAACACUGCAACAUUUUUCAUUGAUCGCACAGUCAAAUGGUGCCAUUUUAAGCAUUUUUAUGUGCGAUUUUUUGGUUUAAUUAACGUCUUCCUUUUUUGUUAUAGCACGAGGAUUCUAAUUAAGACUUCACGCCGCCACGACAUGCACCAGUUUAGGGUUUUAGUAUUAGUAUAAAAUGAUUGACAUUAAAAUUAAUAGAGUGCUGUAAAGUUAUAUGUUAUGAAUAGUUUUAUAAAUAUGAAAGGAUAUUCUUCAAAUAAUAUCAACAGAAAUUUGAUUCAAUAACCAAAAAAACGUUGAUUCACAUCGAUAGCUCCAAUUUCCCUACGUAAUUCUGGCUUGGUAAGCAAUGAAGAAAUGCAUGCAUACAUGUAAAAUCGAGAACAUGCCGUUAAAACCCUCUGGGGGGGGGGGGGGGGGGGGGGCGGGUUAAAACCCUCUGGGGGGGGGGGGGUGGCGGCUGGAUGCAGGUGGAGUUAGUUUUUGUUUUUCCUUUGUUUCAAAUUCAUUAGCACACAUUACCAUAUCCUAAAACAAUGGGAAAAUAAAAAUUAACUGAGAUAAAAAACUACAACAUAUGCAUAUGUACCUUGUAUGGGUGUCUCAGGUACAGGUUGAAUCCCUGGGGGAGGUACUUUAGGAAUUUUGGGGUGGGAAUGUGCCGCUGGGAGCCUGGAACCCAUAGCCUAUACCAGAGCUGUUUCAGCUGAAUUUUGCUACCCUAUAAUAGACUUAACUCCCCAAAUUCCCCCUAUCCUAGAGUAGCUUUUAGGCUGAGUUGCAUAGAUUUACACUUGCCAAUUUUAUUUUUUUAUUAUAUUUUUGAGUGGCAAUUCACGGUUUCCCUAGUCUAAACUAAAAUCUUCAACCAAUUGAUUAGUUUCCUGGAAAAUGAUACCCCACUCUAGACCCAAACUCUUGGAUUUAUAUACCCUAUCCCAGAGUAAACUGCUUGAAAACUAUACCGUUCUCAGUGGCACAUACCUAUAUAGCCCAUAUAUGGCAGUACCCAUGGGGGGGUUGAAUGCUUCAUUUUUCUUUGUUGUGGAAGGUGAUACAGAAAAAAGGGUUGGAUAUUCUCUAUGGGACUAACUGUCAUUUGGCCUUCCUUUUUUGCCAGAGGAUGUUGAAAUGCCAGAAGAUGGACCUCAGAAAAAACUUGGAAAGGAAGCUCUACAAAAACUUAACAAGCAAAGAAAGUUAAAACGGCUCAAACAUAAGAAACAAAAGAAUAAAAAACUAUUUAAGUGGUGA